GGGUGGGCGCGUGACGCUUUGCGCAGUGCCCGCGCCUGAAGCGCUGCCAGCAUCCAGCAGGGCCGAGCCUGCGCGCGGAGAGGGGGGGUCCCAGCCGCCCGCGAACGACAAAGCUGCGCCCGCGAGAGCUGGUGGCGCCGCUGUAACGCAACGGUCGAAAAAAACGGAGAGUUUCACUUUCUGUCGUCGCACCGGCCCGGCUGCGGAGCACGCCUGUUGUAUCCUGUUUAAUUAUUGACUGAAUUGCUACUUGUCCUAUAGACAUGAAUUACUCUCAAUUCAUCACAGCAGUAAGUGCAGCAAGAAAGGCAUCACCAAUAAGACUUCUGACUGAAUUGAUGCAGAAGUCUCCCCCCUCACUAAUUUCCUUGGCUGGAGGAGUACCGAACCCGAACACUUUCCCAUUUAAGAUGGCCACUAUUACCACUGGAGAUGGCACUUCUGUGCAUAUUGGGGAGGAUUUGAUGAAGAGAGCCCUCCAGUACUCUGCGUCAGCAGGAAUUCCUGAAUUAUUGUCCUGGCUAAAGGAUUUACAGAAGAGUCUCCACAGUCCUCCCACUGCCAACUACAGUCCUGAACAGGGCCAAAUGGAGAUAUGUGUUACCACAGGCAGCCAGGAAGGCUUGUCUAAAGUGUUUGAGAUGCUUAUUAACCCUGGAGACAACAUCCUUUUGGAUGCACCCACUUAUCCUGGAACUCUAGCUGCUCUAAAACCAUUAGGCUGCAACAUAAUCAAUGUUCCCAGUGACCAACAUGGUAUUAUUCCAAAAGCCCUGGAAGAAAUUCUUUCCAGGUGGAGCCCAGAAGAUGUCAGAAAAUACAACAACACUCCCAAAUUCCUGUACACCAUUCCAAAUGGUGGCAAUCCCACUGGAGCAUCAUUGACAAUUGACCGUAAAAAGGAGAUAUACCAGCUUGCAAGACAAUAUAAUUUCCUUGUAAUAGAAGAUGAUCCUUACUAUUUUCUUCAGUUUGAUAAGCCUUGGGCUCCAACCUUCCUCUCAAUGGAUGUGGAUGGUCGAGUUAUCAGGACUGACUCUUUCUCUAAAAUUCUCUCCUCUGGAUUGAGAAUAGGCUUUUUAACAGGCCCCAAACCACUCAUUGACAGAGUUAUUCUACAUAUACAGGUAUCAACAUUGCAUACCAGCACUUUCACACAGCUUAUGAUUGCACAGCUUCUUCAGCAGUGGGGAGAAAAGGGUUUUCUGGAGCAUGUAGACAGGGUAGUGGAAUUCUACAGGGUCCAGCGAGAUGCAAUGCUUGCUGCAGCAAACAAAUGGUUAAAAGGCCUGGCAGAAUGGCAUGCUCCUGCUGCUGGCAUGUUCCUAUGGAUUAAAAUUAAGGGAGUUUCUGACACACAACAGCUGAUUAUGGAAAAAGCUUUGAAGAAACAAGUGUUAAUGGUUCCUGGGGGAGCAUUUAACAUUGAUAGCUCAGUUCCUAGUUCUUACGUCAGAGCUUCUUUUUCUGUGUCUUCUCCAGCCCAGAUGGAUCAGGCUUUUCAGAGGCUGGCUGAGCUUAUAAAAGAAGCUAUAUGAGGACAGCAAAUGAAAGCCAUCUAGCAAAUUAAAGUCUCCUUCCAAAAAUCUGCAGUUUUAUAAUGACAUACAAGCCACAGUACCGUGUAUAUUCUCUUGGUUGGUAUGAAUGCCUUGGAAAUGUAAACGUGAAUAGAUCACCAAAAGUGCUCUGAACUUAUCUUUUGAUAGUGAAGUUAUAGUUUAGUUAGAAAUUAUCUCAUUCAACAAUUACAGUGCAACUCUGGUAUAUGGUUAGGUGCAUAAUAGCACUACUGUAGUUAGUGAAAAUAUUAUUUCAUUUGAAACCAUUUUUCAUUUUCCCAUAACUUCCUCAAUAUUGUUCUGAAUCUUUUUAAAGCAGAUCUUUUCACAAAGUGAAUUUUGAAACUAGGUUUGAACAAAGUAUAUUCAGUCAUUUAGAAUUAUGGGCAGAUGGAUUAUAGCAAAUAAUACAGCUUUUUGAAAUAACUGAGGAAUGAACUACAGAAUUUCUGAUUUUGCAUGAGACAUCAGUAACAAAUACAGUCCUUGUUAAAUCUGUCUGGAAAAGGACUUUAAAAAAAUUAACUACUUUAAUUCAAUGAUAUACUUGAUUUACACAGAAAAAUCACUUUUUGCUAUUUUUAGGUUCAUACCUCAAAUUAUGGAAAAACUGUAUUGACCAGAAAAUUCCACUAAAAUCACUCAGGACCCUCAAAAACCCAACACUUCCUGAGGUAAAAAAAUAUAUUCCUUCACCAAAUUAUGUUAUUGUUAAUUUUUUAAAAUACGUAACUAAGGGUAUGUCUACUACACUACAGAGUUUUUUUUUCGGAAAAAUGGCCAUUUUUCUGAAAAAACUUCAAU